AUGGAAAUCGCGGGUCAUGAAGAACUGCAUUUUCCAUCUCUCGCUCCCUCCAACAUGCGACUCUUUGUACCUGCGUCAGUGGCUGCGGCCGUCGUUGCCGCCGAUUCGGCUACCAACCUCUGCUUGGAACGCCCAGACUUGCCCAAGUGCGGCACGUCGUGCUACAACCCGGCGCGCGCGGCGUGCUGCGGCGCCCAAGUGUACCUCUACUACCAGUGGGACCCGGCGACGAACGCGACGGCCGAGCAACAGUGCUGCACGGACAAACACAACGCUUCGUACGUGGCGUUUUCGUGCAAUCGGACGGCCUCGGGCAAUGGCACAGUGGGCAACGCGACGCGCGACGCCACGAUUGUGGCGCCAACGAAGCUUCCCGUCGUCGAGGACGAGGACGUGAGUGGUUCGGGUAGCGAUUUCGAUGAGGAGCUCGGCUUGUGGGGCAGCGACGCCGACGACGAUGACGAAGACGCUGGGGACGAUGGUGAGGACGAGCUCGCAUCGCUGGAGAGCGAUAUUGACGAGCUCGGCGAUGACGACGGUGAAGGCGACGACGAUGGCGAAGUCGAGGAUGAGCCAAUUGUCGCGGGGGCCAAUGCACACACCGACAGCGGCAAAAAGCACGACAGCAAUUCGACAACGCCAACGAUGCACCCGACCACGCGGAGUCGCUCGACGCCACUACCCACGACGUCGGACGAUUCCUCGAGCUCCCGUGACAGUGACCACGAUGUCACGGAGAGCGACGACGACACUGAGACCGACGCCGACGCUGACGAAGAGGCUGAAGAAGUCGAGCCUGACGACACUGACGCAACGGACGAAGACGCUGACGAAGAGGCUGAAGAAGUCGAGCCUGACGACACUGACGUCACAGACGAAGACGCUGAUAUCGAAGCUGUCGACGUCGACGAUGCUGAGACUGACGACAGCGCUGAGGCAACGGACGCACCGCUCUCGCCAAAGCCAACGGCCCAGCGCGCUGGCAACCAGUCCGCAGAGCACGAGAAGCCAUGGCACGUGCCGGGCGCGGCCUUGACGCAGACCAACUCGACUCACAACAACGCCACGCACAACGCCACGCGCACCAACCGCACGGGGAGCAACUUCAGCGACGAGGCCACGAUCCAGCGCCCGUCCAGUGCCACGGGUGCCAUUCAGCACUGCGCGGGUCUCCUUGCAGUGCUCUGCAUCUUUGGGAGCAUGCUCGUGUAG